CGAUUUUGAGUGGCUUUACUCUACUUUACUUUCCACUUCCUCUUCAUCUACUCUUUCUCUCUCUAUCUCUUUCCACUUCCUCUUGCUUUUACUCCUGGGUUAGGGUUUAGGGUUUCUUGGUCGACGUGAUGAGUCAUCGGCGAGAUUACGGCAGUGAUGCAGUUCACGUGAGAAUCACCCACGACCCUCCGCCUGAGAAUUGUUUUCCAAAUUCCGGCGACAGUUCCGUCUGGGCCACUGAGGAUGAUUACAGCCGUGUCUGGGCCAUAAACUCUGAUGGCGCAGAGUCUCCGAGCAAGAAGACACGAUCUUCCUCCUCCUCCGAGAUCGGGAAAUCGUUCUUCAAGACGAAGCUUUGCUUCAAAUUCCGCGCCGGAACUUGUCCCUACUCCGCGAGCUCUUGCCACUUUGCUCACAGCGCGGAGGAGCUCCGUCUUCCUCCGCCGCCGCCGCCCAAUUGGCAGGAGACGGUGACAGAGGCUUCAAGAAACAGAGAAAGCUUUGCGGUUAGUUUAGGCCCUCGUGGCAAUGUUGCUCAGACUCUCAAGUCUCCGAAUUGGAAGACAAGGAUUUGCAAUAAGUGGCAGACUACUGGCUAUUGUCCUUUUGGUUCUCACUGCCAUUUUGCUCAUGGACCUUCAGAGUUGCAUACAUUUGGCGGAGGACUCGUUGAAGGAGAAUGUAAGAUCGGAACAUCCGCCACUUUGGACACAAAGCAGAGAGGACAAGUAGACACAGUGACUAGCCUUGUUUCUCCUGGAGUCUCAUCCCAACGGACAUCUAGUGCUGUUACGCAGAAACCCAACGGAGUCAGAACUCAACGGAAAUGGAAAGGACCAGAUAAAAUCAGUCGUGUUUAUGGUGAUUGGAUCGACGAUAUUGAGUAAAGUCACUGCAUUUUCACUGAUUUGUUGAUCAAGGUAUAGCUUCUUUUAGACUUGUAACUGUGUGGACAUAUUAGCUUCCUCCCUUCUGUGGUUGUAGAUUGUGACUCACUCAACAAAGACAAAAACUCUCAUCUUUUUGUUUAUUCUCUUUGUCAAUCCUAAAUCUAAUCUUGCAGAAGAUCAAACCGAACUAAAUAAUGUUGCGUACUUGUAAACCGGAUCAUCAUUGCUACCUAAACCUUUUUCUUUAUUUCCAUGGUCAAUAUUAAUUUUUCGUUUUGAGUUAUUUUUAACAGUAAAAUGAUUUAUU